AUGCCGCACUACUAUUUACACCAGAAGCCCACACCACCAUGGCAGGGCAACUCCAGCACCGCCAACAGCGCCAUGAACGUCAGCAUCGUCCUCGACCAGCCCGCCGGCGCCACCUUCACCAACCUCGACACCAUUAGUGGCCGGCUCGUCUUGCGCAAUCACAAGGAACUCGAUGUCGACAACAUCCUCGUGAAGCUGGAAGGGGAGAGUCGCACGCGGUUACUGUCCCCGGCGCGGCCUGGAGACAAGCAGAAACCGCAGUUGGAAUACCACAAGGCAUGUCAUGUCCGCCCCUACUCCUCCGCUUCAAGGGCUAUUCUGUACAAAGUCGCCCUCGUUUUUCCCCCGACCGAGGUGAUGCGAGAUCGCCUCGUCCUGAUCACCGGCAAGAAUGCACAGAGUCUCGCCCCGGGCACGCACGAGUUCCCUUUCCACUUCAAGCUUCCGUUCAACAACUCGUGCGUUCAUGAAAUGACCAAAUCUUCCACCAUGACCGCAUCUGGCAGUGGCAAGGAAUCCGCCAAAGCCGCCACCCGCCAUGUCAAGAAGACAUUGCCUCCCACACUCAGUGGCUUUCCUGGGGAAGCGGAGAUCCGGUAUUAUCUCAAAGGAACCGUAACUCGACACUACUUCUGGAAAGAGAGCUUACGCGCCAUCGCCCCCAUCAACUUCCUGCCCAUCGAGCCCCCGCGACCGAUGUCCACUGGAUCAGAGAUCUUCGCCAGGCAGACACACAUUUUUUCUCAAAUUCCCAACCCUGACGCCAACAAGUCAAAGUUCAAGAGCAUCUUCAGCAGAAAUCCGGAGCAGGCACUACCGAAUGGCAACGGCGACGCCCCGACGAUCAGCAUCGAUGCCCGUCUUCCCGAACCGGCCAUUCUCACUUGCAAUGAAGAUGUCCCUGUUCGUCUCAUCGUCAAGAAAAUGAAUGACUUUGUGGGAAUCGUCCAUCUCCAAUCUCUGGAGAUCGCACUCGUCGGCUUCACCAAGAUCCGCGCACAUGAUGCCCACCGCACCGAAGAUACCACCUGGGUCAUCAUGACCAAAAGCAACAUGGGCAUUCCCAUUGGCACCGCUUCCGACCCGGUCGACACGGAAAACGAGAUUGAUGCCCGCAUGUGGCGCGGGCAGACGCUGCCAAACACAGUUGCCCCUUCCUUCCAGGCCUGCAACAUUGAUAGAAGCUAUCGACUAGAUGUGCGCGUUGGCUUGAGUUAUCUGGAUCCCAUGCAGAACAAUGUCAAGCCCUUGAGCGUGAUCCUCCCCUUGAAACUCGACCUCGAGGUCUACUCCGGCAUCGCACCUCCGAAAGCUCUUCUCGAUGCCAUGGCCGAAGCCGCCGAAGCCAGAGCGAAUCUUCGUCGCACCUCUACCAUCGACUCGGCUGCGGAGAAACUACGCAGAGAGUCGACCACCUCCGGCCAAAAUGCCUCAACGGAGUCAUCUCAUCCGGCCCGAGAAGGCACUGCCAUGCCUGAAUCUCGACCGCCCAUGUAUUCCGAAGCACCGCCUAGCUACCAAGAUGCGAUGGCGAAUGCCCUACCCGCUAUCAAUGCGCCGAGACCGCAGUACGCGCCACCAGCGCCGGGCGAGGAUGAUUUCUUUGGAGGAGAUGAGAAGAGGCGACUGGCAGGUGGGAGGGAAUCAUGA